UACAGUGAUGCAGGGGGAUGAAAACAUGUAUUACCAUGAGAUACUGUGCAUAACGUUUUGUAGAAUGUAAUGAAAACUAAGGUGAGCAUCAAUUCAAUUAACCUGUUUUUUUUUUUGUGCCCAUUUUUUUUUCUUUCUAUCAGGCGAUGUCAACUCAUCCAGAGUGUUUAAUUGUUCUUUAUAUACAAAAUAAAGAAAAUGAGUGUAAACUACAGAUGAACACGGAUGCUUCACUUCAGCCGAGUAAUACAAGUGCAGGUUGUGUGACGGAGUGGGACGGAGUGAGUUGUUGGCCGUCUGCCUCUGAGGGACAGAUGAUCUCUGUCCACUGUCCUCUGCCCUUACUGAAGCCUGACACUCCUCCAGUUCUCAUCACGAGGCAGUGUACAGACCGAGGAUGGAGUGAGCCCAGCGUGCCGUAUUAUACAGCCUGUUACUAUGAAGGUGAAGAGGAAGAGGAAGAUGGAGACAUGGGCAAAGAGAAAAACUACUUUGAUACCCUGAGGUUGAUCUACAGUGUCGGGUACGGAGCGUCUCUGGCUGCUCUCUUCAUCGCUGUUCUGCUCUUCUGCUGCUUCAGGAGGCUGCUCUGCACGCGCAACUACAUCCACCUCCACCUGUUUGCGAGCUUCAUGCUGAGGAGUCUCGCUGUGUUCGUCAAAGAUGUCGUGUUGUUUGCCGACAAAAGCACGGACCACUGCACCGUGUCCACACUCUGGUGCAAAGCGGCUGUGACGUUCUUCCACUUCUGUGUUCUGUGUAACUUCUGCUGGCUGCUGGUGGAGGGUCUGUACCUGCAGAGCCUGCUGCUCUUCACCUUCUCUCACACCACCAAGCUCUUCAGGGUCUACGCCAUCAUCGGCUGGGGUACUCCCUCAGUGACUCUUGUAAUCUGGGCCCUGCUGAAGAAUCAGCUUGAUGAUGAGGGGUGUUGGGAUAACCUGGAGAGCCGCUUGUGGUGGAUUAUCAAGAUUCCCAUCCUGCUCUCCAUCUUUGUAAACCUCGGGAUCUUCCUGAACAUCAGCAGGAUCAUCGUUCAGAAGACAAAGGCCACACAUGUGAACCAAAGUGACACCCGGCUGUACAGGACGCUGCUGCGCUCCACCCUGCUGCUCAUCCCUCUGUUCGGGGUUCACUACGUGGUGUUUGCUCUGAUCCCAGAACAUCUGGGCGUGGGGCCUCGACUCUACUUUGAGUUAGUUUUAGGCUCCUUCCAGGGUUUUAUUGUUGCUCUGCUGUACUGCUAUCUAAAUGGAGAGGUCCAAAAAGAAAUCCAGAGGACGCUGAGAAGAUGGUGGCCUAACACAGAAACUAACGCCAUCAAUCUUCCAACACAAGAAUAUGUCCCCUGAAGUAAAAAUAUAUUGUACGUUGUUUGGUGCUUAUUAGUUCUCCGUUUUUGAAAAAGUCUCUUUGCUAUCCAACCACAUAAACCAUU